AUGAUCGGCUCCUCGAUAGUUGGAGUCGAGCUCCAAGACGUUGAUACUCAGCUUCUUGCUCUUUUGUCUCCUCAUCUGCAGGUGCUACAGACAUCAUUCCUCGACGCAACGAAUCCCAGCUGGGGCGAUCGCUCGCUAGGGGGCGCAUUGGCCGAGGAGACUUUGGUUGAGGAGUCGCUGGACCCUCUGGUCGAGGAGUCACUGGUUGAGGAACCUGCGGUUGAGGAGCCUGCGGUUGAGGAGCCUGCGGUUGAGGAGCCUGCGGUUGAGGAGCCUGCGGUUGAGGAGCCUGCGGUUGAGGAGCCUGCGGUUGAGGAGCCUCUGAUUGAGGAGUCUCUGGCCGAGGAGCCUCCAGUUGAGGAACCUCCGGUUGAGGAACCUGCGGUUGAGGGGCCUGCGGCUGAGGAACCUGUGAUUGAGGAGAUUCUCGUGGAUGUCGAUUGUAUGGUGGAGCCGCCAGUAGUUCAGGAGCCUCCGGUUGAGGGGCCUCCGGUUGAGGGGCCUGCGGUUGAGAGGCCUGCGGCUGAGGAACCUGUGGUUGAGGAGAUUCUCGUGGAUGUCGAUUGUAUGGUGGAGAUAACGAUCGAGGAGAUUCUCGUGGAUAUCGGUAAUAUGCUGGUACUCCACGACCUCGUGGCUCAGGAGCCUCUGGUUGAGGAGACACUGGUCGGGGAGCCGAUGGUCGAGGAGCUAACAUAUCAGGAUCCACUGGUUCAGGAGCGUCUGGUUGAAGAGGCUCUAGAGCCUCUGGUGGAGGAGCCUCUGGUUGAGGAGCCUCUGGUUGCGGAGAUUCUCGUGGAUGUCGAUUGUAUGGUGGUACUCCACGACCUCGUCGUCGAGGAACCUCUGCUUGAGGAGCCACUGGUUGAGAGGCCACUGGUUGAGGAGCCACUGGCUGAGGGGCCACUGGCUGAGGGGCCACUGGUUGAGGAGCCACUGGUUGAGGAGCCACUGGUUGCGGAGCCACUGGCUGAGGGGCCACUGGUUGAGGAGCCACUGGUUGCGGAGCCACUGGUUGGGGAGCCUCUGGUUGGGGAGCCUCUGGUUGAGGAGCCUCUGCUCGAGGAGAUCCUAGUUGAUAAGAUACUAGUUCAGGAGCCUCGGGUUGAGGAGACGCUCGUGGAAAAAAGAAAAGAGCCUCAGGUUGAGGAGAUGUUUCUCCAGGAGACUCUGGUUGAGGAGAUGCUUCUCGGGGAGGCUCUGGUCGAGAAGACUCUGGUCGAGAAGACUCUGGUUGAGGAGAGACUGGUCGAAAUCUCACUCGUCGAGAACUCACUCGUCGAGGAGACCCUGAUUGACGAAGCGCCGGUCGAGGAGCCCCUGACUGAGGAGCCCCUGACUGAGGAGCCUCUGGUGUAA